AUGCCCCACCGCGUCACAAACUUCCUCCGCUCCUCCUCGGCCAACCCGUCCCACCGAAAGAAGAGGACGACGGCGGCCGACGGCGGCGGCGGCGGCAACCCGUCCUCGGCCUCGUCCGGCUCCUCGCGCAACAACUCGCUCGCGCCCAGCCCCUACGCGUCCGACUCGGACGACCACCACCAUGCCGUCAAGAUGCCCGACAACUUCGCAGACGCCCUCCGCAGCUACAACCGCCUCUCCCUCACCUUUGGCCGCCGCGUCUCGCGCGAGCACGGCCACGCCUCGAGCGCGUCGGCCCUCACCCUCGACUGGAGCAUCGAGAGCCCCCCCAUUGUCUUCCACGGCUCGCCCGACGAGAGCACCGGCGCCCUCGUCUCGGGCCAGGUCAUCAUGGACGUCAAGGAGGAGACGGUCGACGUCGGCUCCCUCGUCGCCACCCUGAGCCUGCACACCACCCACAAGCGGCCGUGCCAGAGCCACUGCCUGCCGUGCCAGCACCGCUCCACCGACCUCAAGACCUGGCGCCUGCUCGCCCAGCCCACGGCCACGACGCUCGCCAGGGGCCGCCACUCGUUCCCCUUUUCCGCCCUGCUCGAGGGCCACCUGCCGGCCUCGCUCGACACGUCGGUGCUGUCCAUUGCGUACGCCUUCAAGGCCGAGGCCAUUGUCGUCCGCGGCCACGGCAACUCGUGCGCCAGCGUCCGCUUCGAGCGCUCCCUCGACGUCAAGCGCUCCCUCCCGGAGCCCCUCUACCCUCACCACUCGAUCCGCGUCUUCCCUCCGACCAACAUCAAGGCCAGCGCCCACUACAACACCGUCAUCCACCCGACGGGCUCCAACGGGCUGACGCUCCGCCUCGACGGCCUCAUGUCGCACGACGAGGAAAAGCCUGGCUGGGUCUACCUGUGGCGGCUCAAGAAGGUCAACUGGAGGCUCAACGAGACGAUCCACACCAUUGCCCCGCCCUGCGACAAGCACGCGGCCGCGGCCCCCGUCGUGGGCAGGGGGAAGAAGGCCAACAGCAACCUCGACGACGACGACGAAGACGAAGACGACGCCGCCGCGCCCGACCGCCCCAAAAAGGGCGAGACGCGCACCGAGACGCGCCUCCUGGGCGAGAAGCAGCUGCAGGAGGGCUGGAAGUCGGACUACACGGGCGCCGACGGCACCGUCGACAUGGAGUUUGACUACUGCAUCAACCAGUUCAAGUCGCACUCGCGCACCCCCAAGUACGCCUGCGACCUGAAGACGCGCGACGGCACCGAGGUGACGCAUUCGCUUGCCAUUGAGCUUAUCGUGUCCAAGGAGUACGCGCCAGAGGGCAGGCUGCAUCUGGCCACGCAGUCGGGUACCGGCCGCAUCCUGCGCAUGUCAUUUGCCGUCGUCCUGACCGAGUGCCCGGGCCUCGGCGUCAGCUGGGACAACGAGGCGCCCCCCGUCUACCAGGACGUGCCACCCAGCCCCCCGGGCUACCCGCAGGACGAGGCCCGCGGGCGGCCCAUUGACUACGACGACCUCGAGCCCCUGGACGCCCAGCGGGCCAGCGUCGACCCGCCCGAGCUGCCACGGCAGGCCGGGCUGGCCCCUCUGUCCGAGGAGUCGCCUCCCCGGUCGGAGCAGUCGCCUCGAGCUGGGCCGGCUCCCCUCUCCGAGUGA